UAUGAGAGUAAAAAAAAAAGGAAAAGUCUGUGGAGUCGAUUCUGGAAAAAGAGAUGAGGAAUAAGGUGAACUCGCUUCUGAAACGAGGAAUCAAAGUUGUCGGCGAUGGCAUGUUGCUUAACAUAAUCCAAUCUGAAUUACGCCACGAGAUCUCCAACCCUCGUUUCCUGGGCGUUGAGACCGGAAAGCUAGGAGCUUUCAAGUUGGAUUGUGAUUCUCCGGGAAACAGAGACAUUGUCCUGAGGAGACAGUUUAAUUCAGGAGAAGAGGUUGUUGUAUCAGCUUUACUACAACAGGAGCCCAUUGAUGAUGCUGAUGAUGAUGAUAUAGCGUUUCCAAGGGGAGCUGUGGCCAAAGUGUGUAUCAGUAAGCCUAGACUCAGCUCUAUCCUGCAGUUUGAUUGCCGUGUCUCUGAGACGGCACGUGGAAGUUCUGAUUUCGACAUCGAGAGAGCUUAUUAUAUCCGCUCUUUAUGUAGCUCUUCUUCGCCUUAUGGAGGAAACUUUUUCAGGGAAUUAGAUCCGAGACUGCAGGAUGCACUGAAGCAGUACCUAACAUCCAAGGGAAUCAGUGAAGGACUAACUAAUUUCAUCUUGUGUCAUCUGAACAAGAAGGAGCAGGAGCAGUACGUUAGCUGGCUACGCAAGCUUGAAUCAACAGUGACUCACUCUCUGAAGCCGUGAGGUGCUCACUCCAUUUGCUCAUUUGUUUUUUGUUUUUUGUUUAAUUCUUCUUGGUGUUUUCUUGCAGUGGUCAUUAAUGACCUUGAGAUUAGCAUAAUCAGCUUUGCCAUGGUUUUUGUUUUAGGGAGAGUUUAUUGACAAAAAUAUAUGUUUAACUGGUAUAUUUCCAAUUAGUGGGACAAAAAGAUCUUAUGCUU